AUGGACAGCCCCGAGGUGAUCUUCCCUCUCGCCUAUCUGGUCUUCGCCGUGUGCUUCGUGUUCACGCCCAACGAGUUCCACGCGGCGGGGCUCACGGUGCAGAACCUGCUGUCGGGCUGGCUGGGCAGCGAGGACGCCGCCUUCGUGCCCUUCCACCUGCGCCGCACGGCCGCCACGCUGCUGUGCCACUCGCUGCUGCCGCUCGGCUACUACGUGGGCAUGCGCCUUGCGGCUUCAGAAAAGUGGCUCCACUCCCCCAGCCAGGCCCCCGAGGCCUGGCGGCUCUUCCUGCUGCUAGCUGUGACCCUCCCCUCCAUCGCCUGCAUCCUGAUCUACUACUGGUCCCGUGACCAGUGGGCCUGCCACCCACUGGCACGCACCCUGGCGCUCUACGCCCUCCCACAGUCGGGCUGGCAGGGUGUCGCCUCCUCCAUCAACACUGAGUUCCGGCAGAUUGACAAGUUUGCCACCGGCGCACCAGGUGCCCGUGUGAUUGUGACAGACACGUGGGUAAUGAAGGUGACUGUCUACCGAGUACAUGUGGCCCAGCAGCAGGACGUGCACCUGACUGUGACAGAGUCCCGACAGCACGCGCUCUCGCCAGACUCCAGCCUGCCCGUGCAGCUCCUGACCAUCCGAGUGGCCAGUGCCAACCCUGCAGUACAGGCCUUUGACUUUCGGCUGAACUCCACUGAGUACGGGGAGCUGUGUGAGAAGCUCCGGGCACCCGUCUGCAGUGCGGCCCAUGUGGUCAUCCACCAGAGCCUGGGCGACCUGUUCCUGGAGACAUUUGCCUCCGUGGUAGAGGUCAACCCCACCUACUCAGUGCCCAGCAGCCAGGAGCUGGAAGCCUGCAUAGGCUGCAUGCAGACGCGCGCCAGCGUGAAGCUGGUGAAGACCUGCCAGGAGGCGGCAGUGGGCGAGUGCCAGCAGUGCCACUGCCGACCCAUGUGGUGCCUCACUUGCAUGGGCAGGUGGUUUGCUAGCCACCAGGACCCCCUGCGCCCCGACACCUGGCUAGCCAGCCGCGUGCCCUGCCCCACCUGCCGCGCACGCUUCUGUAUCCUGGAUGUGUGCACCGUACGCUGAGUGGGCUGGGGCCCUGAGGAUCCUGGUGACUCUGUGUUCCCCCAGCCACAGGGUGGGGAGGGGGUGGCUGGGCCUCUGAGCUGGCAAAGGGCUCUACCUAAAGCACUUGAUCUGUAGCAACUCGCCUCUGCCCUGGGUCUGCAGAAGGCUGAGGACUUUGGGUUAAAAGCAAUCCUCAUGAACACACCCCACCCUGCUCGGCAGCCAGGGGACAAGUCCUCGACACCUCCUCUUUGCGUCCCUCCUGUCCCCUUACUGCAGGUAGGGGCAGAUACUGCACACACACAACGCAGCAUUUGCCCCCGAGGCCAUUCCUUGGAGACCCCUGGUCUGCUCCAGUGGUCCUCACCUGGACCACUUGCCUUAAUUCUCUGGAGCAAACCGGCCCUCAUUUACAUGCCAGACCCAGAUCAGCAUUCUCCCACCCUGUCCUGGAGCUGGCCCCUGGCUGCCUGGAGAUCCCUGGGUAUGUCCCGAGGGUGGGGUGGAGAACAGGGCAUGGCUCCGGUGUGGGAGCAGCCGUGGGGCCUCCUGGUGGCUUUGGCACUGGGGGGCCGUUCCUGGGUGGCGUGGCAGGCCAGGCCAGAGUGCCCUCAUUGGUGGGGCUGUCCCCCCAGGGGUUCUCACCCUGUCCUUGGUGCCUUCUGCUGCCCCCAGAAGUCCAGGGAAGGCAGAGGCCUCAGACUCCUGGGUAGGGGUGGGGGUUUGAGCUGAAGACCAAAGUGUCACAGUGACAUCCAGAACACAAACCCACAAGGCGUCCUGCACAGGCUACCCAGUCCCCUAGGGCCUACUGGGCUCAGAAGGGUAUGCAUGCUUGCUAUGGUGGAGGCUCUGUUGAGCGUCUUGCCUGGUUCCUGAUCGUUCAGGGGGAGGGGGAGGCGUUGUCCAGGCCCCAGGGCACAGCCCUGACACAGGUGUGGCCACUGGAGUGGCUCACACCUGCUGCCCUGGGCAUGGCUGAUUCCAGCAGAGGUGAUGGACUCAGGUGGCCUGACCCCCAGGAUUUGGGAGGCUUCCUGGGGCACUCAGAAGGUGAAGGCAGCGGGGGCCGUGGCCAGGAGCCAGACCCAGCCGUGCUCAUGGGUUUUAAGGGCUGCCAAAGAGGGUCAGUGGGUUGCUGUUUUUACUACAAAAGAAGUUAGUUUUUUUUUUUUUUUUUUUUUGAGGCAGAGUUUUGCUCUUGUUACCCAGGCUGGAGUGCAGUGGCGCCAUCUCGGCUCACCGCAACCUCCGCCUCCUGGGUCCAGGCAAUUCUCCUGCCUCAGCCUCCUGAGUAGCUGGGAUUACAGGCACGCGCCACCGAGCCCAGCUAAUUUUUUGUAUUUUUAGUAGAGACGGAGUUUCACCAUGUUGACCAGGAUGGUCUCGAUCUCUUGACCUUGUGAUCCACCCACUUCGGCCUCCCAAAGUGCUGGGAUUACAGGCGUGAGCCACCGCGCCCGGCCGGUUAGUCUUUAUAAAACUAACUUCUUGGCCGGGGCAGUAACCAAUUGAUCCCUCCAGGUCCAAAGUCUCUUGCAGAGACGCGUCCUGGGGGGGACGUCACUGUGGUUGCCGCUGUGGCCGCUUCCAGAUUCAGGAUGUGAUGGGACACAUGGGUAGCCGAGGAGUGAGUAGCCCUUUGGGUUGACUUGUGCUUGCAGCUGCGUCUGUAGGAACGCCAGGCUGUCUCUGACCUCACUGUGUAUCAGGGUGGCCCAAGAAUGGCCAGCCAAGCACCUGGGGUUCCUGACAGCACUGGGCCCGCAGGGGAGCACCCCAGCAAUUGGAAUGGUGAAUGCUGGCCGCUGUUUCCCAUUCUGCUUCUCUACCCACAGGACGGUUUUUGGGGAAGUAGUAUACCUAAUCCUGUUGAAAGAUAUGACGAGUGGACUUGAGUUUUCUGUGCUCAGUGGCUUCAGAUUCUUUCCAGUGUGGUGCUUUGUGUGAGCACUGCUCAGUACCAAGCUUGGAUUUUCUAAUCUUUUCAGGCAGAUUAGUGGGAAGAAAAACACUAGCUGAGAUAUAUAGAGAAAAGAAAGAGAGUUUAUUUACAAGGAAAGAAAAAGAGUUUAUUUACAAGGAUACCUAGAGACGCUCACAAACUUCAACACCGGCAGUAAAGCAGCACGGGUUUUCUCAAGUCCAGACCAAGUCACCACCGAAGCUCAGCUCGGCUUCUGCUAAACAAUCUUUUAUACUUUUUAAAACAAAGAAGGGUCAGGUCAGGACACUGUCCAUGUCUUCAUCAUGUAACUAACAUCCUUGAGGUGUUUACCAAAAAUUGGAUCAGGGAACUGCCCAGGUUCCCAGGUCCGGCUCUUCAAAGCCUUUUUUUUUGCAUUGGGAAAAUUCUGAGCUCGGAAUGCUCCCAAUGAUAAGGAAAUGAAGAUAUAGAGUCUGUCCAUGACUUGUAAACAUAAUUAACUCCUUCUGUUCCAUUACAAUUCGGCCCUAGGCAUGGGCAGACUUAUACACAUAAUAGUUGUAAGUAAAUGCAUCAUAUAAAUUCUUAAUGCGUUGAUAUAAGUACAAAGAACAGUAAUAGCUACAUAUAGUAUUAAUCAUUAAAAUGAAUACAGUCAUGAACAGUGGGACGAAUCUAUGUCACUGAUGAGUGUGUAAAUACCCAAUCUCACCAGUUAUGAUUAGUAUCUGUCGCUAUAGCAUGGGAAGAGUCCUGCAGUUUAUGACUUACUAUGGUGGUUUGUAGUCUAUAUUCACUUAAUUGUCGAUCUCUUUUCUGUAAUGUCCGAUUUAAAGCUUUAUUUUCAUAUAAUAUAAAAGUUAGAUUUAAAUAGGUUUCCAACUUUGGUUGGGGCAGGCUUAUUGGGGUGAAAGUGAUAUUUUCAGUCUAUGAUUGGGGUUAAAUAAAUAGUAGAAUUAUGCUAGGGAAAGAUAGAGAUAUUAUAAAUACAUCUAACAAAUGGAAAAUCAACUUGCAUAUAUGACAAUACUUCAGAUUGAUUGGACACAAUACAUAAUGUAUGGGGCUGUACUUCAAAAAGGGCAGUGUAAUCACUUACUGGUAAUAAGGUAAAAAUACAGUGAUUAACAGAAAAAUGCAAUAGACAUGGCUCCAUCUGUUAUAAAUCAGUGCCUACUAAUCCUUUUGUAGUUACAGCACAAGCAUUGAUUUUAUAUGUUAUAUUUCCAUUGUCAAUGUGGGCACCAUAAAAUUCUGGGUGCAAAUAAUAAUAAGGGUAUGGCAUUGGCAGCACAUGAUAGGGACAUAGCAUAGUAGUAUUUUGGGGUAUCUAAUAGGUUAUUAUACCAUAACGAUAUGUGGUGGUACAAUAAAAGGGAUUAUGAUCUUCUGCCCAUAUAUCUGCAUGGCGCUGUUUGGAGAUUAUUAAAAAUCCAGAGCAGCGUCCUCUUCCUAAUUGUAACUCCUGUUGUAGAUUGUGUGUUUGUAUGUAACUAACUAAGUAUUGGAGAGAACAUGCUGUCCAGGCAAAUAGAUCAGUAAUGUUAGUAGUAGAUACUAUAGUUCCAUUAAAUAUCUUUAAGAAUGUCUUUUGAUAAGCAAGAUUGGAGGUUAAUGGGCUUAUUACAGUAGGGAUCCAAUUAGCAGUAAGGCUAGUAGCUAAUGGGCAUUUUUCCCAGUAUUUUUUAAUUUGUAUGAUAAGCUAUCUAAAUCAAAGCUAUUAGCAAGUGCAAUACCUGUUCCUACUCCGCUGAGUAAUGUAUCACACCAUUCUCGUCUUCCUCUAGCACAGGGAUGUAAUUUUGGGAAAGUUACAUUUAAUUGUAAUUGAUACUGCUGUGCAAAAAAGGUGGUGUUAGUACAAGCAUGAGGUAUACGUACAAUAGUAGGUUGACUGUAUGUCGGGGUUCUAUGAAUUAUUACAUGUAAAUGUUGUGCCCAUAUGGUUCUAUUGUUGAUUGCACUAGAAUUAAUACACCAGAGAUAUGUACUAGUAUUAAAUGCAAAUACUGUAGUGGUUUCAUUACAAGACCAUUGGUUUCUCCAAAUAGCUUUUGAAAACAUGUUAGUAUAUAGAAUAGUAGUUAAAUCUUGUUAACAGGAAAUAUUCACUUUAGAAGUGACAUUAAUAGUAAUACUAUCAUCACUAUAAAUUAUGCCUCGAGCAGGUUUCUGCCCCAUCUAAUAGGUAAGUGUAGUGUUGGUGUCUCCACUAAUAGUAAGAUUGGUAUGGUGACAAACUUGAUUAGCAGAACAGUUGUAAGAGUCUUGGCUUCUUACUUUGUGGAGUUGACCCAUCCCCACUGUAGAAUCAUGUGUCCAUUGCUGGAAGUAUUUUGGUGAGACAAGAUUUGUCCGGGGGAAAUGGUCCAAGCAAUCCAGACGUGAGUGCUAACGAUAAUACCUGUGAGUACACAAAUCUGUACACGAUGAAACAAAUGAUCAGUAGGUACUAAUAUAGGAGUAUCAGCGGGGGGAAUUAGGACAUAUACGCAGUUAUUUCUUCCUUGUACUACUCUCUCUCCAGCUUGUAAUGGUUUAUGGGGAGAUGUUUGUACCCAAACAUGACCUGAUAUUUGCUUCUUUUCAUCAGUACUGCCAAAUCCUAAAUGAGCUGAUUUUGGAGGGAACCUUUGUGAUUCCCGUACUGUGUUUUGUAAAACUGGAAUUAUAAAUAGUUGUGCUAUUCGGUGGCCUUUAGGCAAGAUGAUAUCUUCUUCACCAAGGUUAUAACAAAGUACUUUGAUUUCACCGUAAUGAUCUGCAUCAAUUAUUCCCCCUAAGAUUGUCAUUCCUUUUUGUGCCAGACUAGAUCGAGCAGCUAUUUGUCCAUAAUAUCCUGAAGGUAACUGUAAACCUAUUCCAGUGGGUAUUACAUGUUGAGUUUUGCUAUUUAAUUUAGUUACAGGGUAGUUAAAUAAAUCAUAACCUGCAGCAGUACUAGUAGCAUUCCCAGGUUGUAUUGCAUCUGGGUGGAAUCUCCACCAGGAGAUAGUUACAGGCUCAUGUGUUACUUGGGAUCUGAUCUCAACUGUAUUAGAGGAAUAUAUCAUCCGUUGCAAUGGGGUUUCGCCACUGUUUAGGGGUCUAUUAUUAAGUUGUUGUAAGGCUGGUAAUAAAAAGGUUUUCCAUCCUGAA